ACUUCUCACAUGAUUUUUGAUGUUGCAGAUGGCAGAAGUAGCCAAGGAUCUGACUGCUGGAACCAUUGGAGGUGCAGCACAGCUAAUUGUUGGGCAUCCCUUCGAUACCAUUAAGGUUAAACUUCAGAGCCAGCCUGCCCCUCUUCCUGGUCAACUCCCAAAGUAUUCUGGUGCUAUGGAUGCAGUUAAACAAACAAUUGCUAGUGAAGGCCCGAUGGGCUUGUAUAAAGGAAUGGGAGCUCCUCUUGCCACUGUUGCAGCCUUCAAUGCUGUUCUCUUUACUGUGAGGGGACAAAUGGAGGCACUUUUAAGGUCAGAACCUGGUGCCCCACUCACAGUAAACCAACAGGUUGUAUGUGGUGCUGGUGCUGGUGUUGCAGUUUCCUUUCUGGCAUGUCCAACAGAAUUGAUCAAGUGCAGGCUACAGGCCCAGAGUGCCUUGGCAGAGUCUGCUGCCUCUUCUGGUGCAGUAAAAUAUAGAGGUCCUAUGGAUGUGGCGAAGCAUGUUCUCAAAUCAGAAGGUGGCCUCAGAGGCCUUUACAAAGGGCUCAUUCCAACCUUGGCACGUGAAGUCCCUGGAAAUGCUGCAAUGUUUGGGGUCUAUGAAGCCCUCAAGCAGUACUUUGCUGGAGGAAAAGACACUUCAGGGCUGGGGAGAGGUCCUCUGAUUGUUGCAGGUGGCUUGGCUGGAGCAUCCUUCUGGUUGUCUGUCUAUCCAACAGAUGUUGUAAAAAGUGUGAUUCAGGUUGAUGACUACAAGAAUCCUAAGUUCUCUGGCUCCAUCGAUGCGUUUAGGAAGAUUUCAGCGUCUGAAGGGAUCAAGGGCCUCUACAGGGGUUUUGGACCAGCCAUGGCUCGCAGUGUUCCAGCCAAUGCAGCCUGCUUCUUGGCUUAUGAGGUGACCAGGUCAAGUCUAGGAUAACUUGAUUGCCCUUCCCCAAUUCUUUUCCCCUCUAGUUUGGUCUCAAUUUCCUGUGUAGUUGGGCAUGGUGAUUCUAGUGAAUAUUUCUGGCUUUGCCUGCUGAAUGCAACAGUUCAUUUCGAACCGUUGAGUAUAAAAAAUUGGAUGGUAGAAGCAUUUGUUGCUCCUUAACGCACUGUUUCUCAUUCUUUCUAAUUCUCUUAUAAAAAGCUGGAAAAGAUUUCUCA